UAUUUCAAAGGCAAGGGAUUCAGAUCAUGCGCAUCACGUGACUCUGACUCCCCUCAUAAGAGUCCACUGUCCUCCGCAGCUGGAUAAUCACUUCGCGCAGCAUCCAUACAUUUCCAUAGGAUCGUUGGCGGAUCGAAAAAAGGCGCGAAAAGAGCUCAGUAAAACGUUGAUGGAUAUUUGAUCAUACAGUUGGGACUGGUAAAAGGAGUUGAUGGCAGAAGUAGUUGUGUCUGCACCUGGGAAGGUUUUGUUGACUGGUGGGUACCUGAUUUUAGAGAGACCAAAUGCAGGAAUUGUUCUUAGCACGACAGCUCGUUUUUAUGCGAUCGUUAGGCCGUUAUAUGAAGCUAUUGAUCCCAAUAGCUGGGCAUGGGCUUGGGCAGACGUGAAAUUAUCAUCUCCUCAGCUUUCUAGGGAGAUCACAUACAAGUUGUCCCUUAAGAAUUCAACCCUCCAAUGUACCUCUUCGAGGGACUCUAGCAACCCUUUUGUGGAACAAGCAGUGCAAUAUUCUGUAGCAGCUGCAUACUCAAUAUACAUUGACAAGGGCAAGAAGGAUGGGUUACAGAAACUAUUAGUGCAAGGUCUUGAUAUCACAGUCUUAGGCUGCAAUGAUUUCUACUCAUACCGGAAUCAGAUUGAAGCACAUGGACUUCCUUUGGCACCAGAUGUGUUGGCUUCAAUUCCACCCUUCUCAUCAAUUACCUUUAACAUCGGGGGGUCCACUGGAGCAAUUACUGGAGAGAAAUGCAAACCGGAGGUUGCAAAAACUGGACUUGGCUCGUCGGCAGCAAUGACCACGGCAGUGGUUGCAUCUGUACUUCAUUACCUUGGAGUUGUUAAUCUCUCAUCUACAGCUAAGAAUCUGCAUGAAACAUUGUCCAGUUCAGAUCUUGAUUUGGUGCAUGUUGUAGCUCAAACUGCUCAUUGUAUAGCACAAGGGAAAGUGGGCAGUGGCUUUGAUGUCAGUGCCGCUGUGUAUGGAAGUCAACGCUAUAUUCGUUUUUCUCCUGCAGUUCUCUCUUCUGCUCAGGCUGCAGUGAAGGGACAACCACUAGAAGGAGUCAUUACUCAUAUCCUGGAAGAAAAGUGGGAUCACGAGAAGAUUCAGUUUUCAUUACCACCGUUGAUGACACUGCUAUUAGGGGAACCUGGAACUGGAGGAUCAUCUACACCAUCAAUGGUAGGUGCUGUGAAGCAGUGGCAAAAAUCUGAUCCUAAAAAAUCCCUAGAAACAUGGAGAAGAUUGGCAGAAGCAAAUUCAUUGCUUGAAAUGCAACUGAAAUCCUUGAGUAAAUUUGCACAUGGGAACUUCGAGACAUACAAACUUGUCAUUGGGAACUGCAGUAAUCACAGAUACGAAAAGUGGCUGGAGCAAGCUGCGGACCCAUGCCAGGAAGCAGUUAUAAAAUCAUUACUUGGUGCAAGAGAUGCUAUGCUCGAGAUCAGAUUUCAUAUGCAACAGAUGGGCCAGGCAGCAGGCAUUCCGAUAGAGCCUGAAUCACAGACUCAGCUUCUGGACGCCACGAUGAAUUUGGAGGGAGUUCUACUAGCUGGAGUUCCUGGAGCUGGCGGCUUCGACUCUAUUUUCACUAUCACCUUAGGAGAAUCCAGCAGCAAUGUAAUGAAAGCUUGGAGUUCGCUCGGUGUUUUGCCCAUGCUGGUUAGAGAAGACCCUCAAGGCGUUUGCCUAGAGAGCAGUGAUCCACGGGCCAAUGAAAUCUUGUCCGCUAUUUCAUCAAUGCAUGUUUAGUGGGGCCCUUUAUUGAUAGAAUUAUCUUCAUUGAUGGUAGGAUUUAGCCGAAGAACUUCAUCAUAAGGUGAAAAACCACUAGUGAAUAUGAGUUUUAUUUGGAGGAGCUCGGCAUUUGAAUGCAAGCGGUCACAGAUAUGGGUGAAGUUAGAAACUGUCACCCAUUGAUUAGAGAAACAGAUCCUUUGAUUGUUUUUAUUUUCCUUUUGUUGUUGGGCUGUAUUACAAUUUACAAAAUAAAUACUCUGUUGCUACA